AUUACUGGGUGCCUCGGUAACACACUUGCCGGCAGUAUUCCCAGGCACAGGCAGGGGGCAGUGUGAGUGCGGUCACCCCGGGUGCACUCCUCCUCUUCCUCCCCGGAGCCGGUAGUGGAUGCAGCGCUGUACCCACGUGUGUAGCCGCUGAUCCCUCACAUCAUCCACCAUGAGCGGCUUUAUCUCUAAGCAGGCGGAGGACGGGCUGGCCGGCCAGGUGGAGAGUUACUUGUUCGGGUGUGAGCUUACAUCGAAGACCACGUAUUACACGUUUAAGGUGGAUGAAGAGGAUGAAUACGAUCACAGUUUAUCCUUGUGCACGAUUAGUCUCGGCGAAGGCGCCAAAGAUGAGUAUAACGUGGUGGAAGUCACUGCUCGCAAUCACACGGAUGAGGAUACAACUGUGCCCAUUGCUACCCUGAAACUUUCCUGCCAGACCAUGGUUAAUGUGGAUAACUUUGAGAUCCGGCCUCCCGUUACGUUUCGCCUGAAGUUUGGCUCCGGACCUGUUCUACUAUCCGGACAAGUUAUAGUCGCUCCCCCGGACUUGGAUUCUGAGGAGGAGGAGGAAGAUGAGGAGGAGGAGGAUGAUGAUGAUUUGGAAGAGGAGGAGGAUGAUGAAGAUUUAGUUCCCAUAAAACCGGUCAACAAAAAAAUGAGAAAAUGACCCAGCAAUUUUACAGAUGUUAUAAAACAGUGAGAUCGGGCUUACACGUCACUUACAAUGUGUGUAUCUCAUGCAUAUUUUAUGUAGAUGGGGGUGUUUGCAACAUCCUGAUAUAAUCUAUAUUGUUUAUGUAUAGAAAAUGGGCAGGCAUUCUGGUACCUUUUUGUAUUGAUAAACUUAUUUUUGUACUUGAAAUUUGAAGUUACUGAUGUACUUUUUGUAUAUUAGAAAUUUUAUGAUGCAUUUUGUACAGAGGAGCAGCUACGGUUUGUUUUUAUGUAGCUGCUGAAAAAGACACAAUACAUUUCAUGAAGAAGGUUUGGUGUUGGCGUUUGGUGUGUUCUUUUGCAAGCUCCAGAGAAUGAACCAAUAUUCUAUAUAAUAAAACUUUCUGCUGAUUAAAAUAAAAAAGACAUAAUUUUGACAAGUAA